AUUCACGACAGCCCCCCACCAUGCCUCCAAGUCUCCCUCCAUGAGCACCUCAAAGGAGCCUGCCUCAGUGCAGCCGCCAUCGGCUGAUGAGCCCGCUCUGACUCCCAGCGUCAAAGCUCUUGGCAAGCGCAAGCAUGUCGACAGACAAGACGAAGCUGCCCCCUUCGAAGUUAGUGGAGCAGGAGCAGCGCCGCGCACGACGAAGAAACAAGCCUCGAAGCCCUCCCUUUGGCAAAGCCUCCCCACAGGGCCCUGGUGCAAUCCAAAGUCGCUUCAACGUCCGGAGCGCUUCAAGCGCAGCGAUGAGUACUACCUCAGUCCAAAGGCAUGGAAGCUGCCCUUCAGCAAGCUAUUCCUUGACCAGUUGACGGUGGAUGUACAUGAGCUGCUGGAGGAUUGGGAGGUUACUUGGCAGCACCAAGCCACUCAUGCUGGCUUGCCUCGGCAGGGCUCAUCAAAGGAGCAACAUUCACAACCGCCGAAGCCAUCUCUCGCCCUCUUCCUCGACGUAUGGAAGAAGCGCUACUGGCAUCUUGUCUCCCUCACCUGGAGCGAGGACGUUCGCACAAGAGCAGCCUUCUUCGAGAGUACGACCAGAGUCUUCCUCGGCGCAUUCAAAUCACCGACAAGUACAACGCACCAUAAAGUAGGCUGCAUUUUUGCGAUCCUGCUCCUCUAUACCUGUCAGACGCGUUGGCCUGAUCCACUGCCUGGCGUGACGCUCAAAGCAUGGGACUGGGCAAGGCCCGAGGAGAAAGAUAGGAAGGGGAAAGAAGACUGCGGCAAUGAUGAGGAUGAGAACGGGGCAGAAGAUGACGAGUGGGACCCCUUCGCUCAUCUAGGCAUCAACAGCAUCAAGAUCGAAGGCGACGUUUACGGCCAGCUGCGCCAGCUUCCGAAGCGAGCGAGAAAGGACAUGACCUACUCGGCAGAAGCUCAAGCACGAAUCCGGCAGUCUCAUCCGUCCAGCUCUUCCAUUACACACUCAGUCGACGACGUCAUCAACAGCCCACUUCACGACGUGACUUAUGCCCUCGCCGAGCUGGAUCGCCGCAAGGCGUGGCACAUCCUUCCUAGCUCGAGGCUGAAAGGGGUGCGCAACCCGCCGUUCUUGCCGUUGUACGAGGAAUUGAACGAGGAGGAGAAGCUGAGGAGGCAGGGUGAUUGGGGGAGGCUGGUCGACAAGGGAAACGACGGCGAGGAAGGCGCGAGGACUUUCCCGCUCAGUCGCUCUGACGUGCUUCUCAUUCGAGCAGCUAAUGCGCUAGGCGUACCGCUAGAGACGGUGUUCACUUGGCUCGGGGACGGCGACAGCGAUGACAGACCCUCUCAGACUUCACUUCCGACGGGUCACGCUACUCUCCGCCGCCAUCUAGAACACGAUGAACGUCGAGCAGAUGGCAAAGACCAUACGCAGCAUCGUCCGAUGACGCUGUGGCGUGGCUCAUGGCGCGAGAAGCCUUUUCGUCCCCUGGAGCUGCCUCGCGUCGCUAAGUGGCUCGGACCUAUGGCGGGCGAUGAUGGGCAUGAAGAAGAGGGAUUUGCUGCCACGGCCGGCAAGCUGGCCGAGCUGGAUGAGGAGAUUGAAGUAUAUAUGCAGCUUGUGGACGGAUUGGAGGCUGAAGGAAUCGUGGAGAGAGGUGAGCAGGACGGGCAGUAGACUCAGCAUGCCUUGUCAGGCGCAAAGUGAGGACUAUCAUACCAUCUUAAUACCGUCUGUCCGUUGAGAAACCUCGUGUAUUAUCAAGUCAACCAAACCGAAAUACCAACGUAUCUACCGUCUC